AUGUGGGACUUGAUCAGAAAUGAUGCGGACAAGUCUAGUAUUGGGGAUGUUUCCGAACGUCUUGCUCGCGCUGAUAUGAUUAGUCAACGAAUGAUAUCCCUCAGAAAAGCCUCGAUAAUCAACUGGAUGAUCAAGUAUCUAACUAGAGACGAUGGUUACAAUCUCCAAACAACUGAUGACGGUACAACCCGUACCACUGUUGCGACUGUGGACGACGCAGACACCGGAGUUCCAGGUAAAGAGGAGAUAUCCGAAUACCAAUCAAUCGACUUUCCAGCAACCUUUGCCGAUCCACUCAACACUAAGAAGAUUCAAGGGAAGAAUAUUAAAAGUGGAGUCGACUUUCAGACCUGGGCCAAUGAGCUUAGAGAAGUUUUACCCAAUACCAAGGGUCCUGCUGCGAGCGACUCGAGUAUGAGCUAUUGGCAAGAGAUCGUCGCUUAG